UAAAGCUGAAAGUAACCAGGGAGUUACAGCAAUACCACUCAUGCAGUAUUUGGUGGUGUUGUGUUGCAGAGGUGAGAGCAGCCAGGGAUCUUCUAGAAGUGAAGGUACACUGUGGAAUCCCCAACAAUACAGUCUUAGAAGAAUCGGACAGAGGAGAAAAGAGGAAGAGGCAGAAACGAGUGGUGGGAGGAGUGCCGGCACAACCGACUCAGAUCCAAUGGCAGGUGGCGAUACAGGAGGGGAGUCAUAUCGACUGUGGUGGGGCAUAUAUCGGGGGAUGCUGGGUGCUGACCGCCGCUCACUGUGUCAGGCCCAAACCAGAGGUGUACUGGAUCAAGUUCAGUCUCUGGAAGAAGAGAUCAAUUCAGGGAACAACAGACAUCGUUCCUGUCAAGAACAUCAUCAUACACCACAAGUACAAUGCUAACACGUAUGAGAAUGACAUAGCCCUGAUAGAGAUGGAGAAGCUUCCAUUCAAGUCCCAAUGUUUUGAAGAGAACCCAGCAGUCAGUGCUGUGUGUGUUCCCUGGUCCGUACAACUGUUCAACCCCAACCAUACCUGCAGCAUAUCAGGCUGGGGGAGGAAGAAAGAUGGUUCGUCAUCUGAUGUGCUGCUCUGGGCCAACGUCUCUCUGAUCGCCAACUGUCAGGGAUUCUACGGCCCGCGUUACUUCGACGGAAUGAUGUGCGCAGGUGAUCUGGAGGGCAACGUGGACUCGUGUCAGGGUGAUUCUGGAGGUCCUCUGGUGUGCCAGGACUCUCUAGGUGUUUCCUACCUCUGGGGUAUAGUCUCCUGGGGGGAGAAGUGUGGGCAGGCCAAGUUCCCUGGAGUGUACACUAAAGUGGCACACUACUUCGACUGGAUCCGCACUCACACUGGCUGGGCUGCUGUCACUAAAUACAACCUGUAAUAUCACCCCACCUGGUGUCCCAGGUCUAAAUCAGGCCCUGAUCUGGGCUGCUGUCACUAAAUACAACCUGUGACGUUGAUAUAGACCAGGGGGUAUUUUCAAAUGUUACCGUUUGAUCUCUGGUCUACUGCUGCUUUUCUGUUGUACCUGAUCUUUAAUACCAUCCCACCUGGUGUCCCAUAUCUAAAUCAGGCCCUGAUCAUUAAUACCAUCCCACCUGGAGUCCCAGGUCUAAAUCAGGCCCUGAUUAGAAGGGAACAAUGGGAAAAAGCAGUUGAACUGGCUUCCAGUCCAGAUUUGAAUUUGAGCGAUAUAGCCUAUUCAUACAUAAUAAAUCGUUAUUACAAUGUUAUACUUUGUUUAUGCUGGAUGAUGUCAAUAAAGAACUUGAGAACCCA